UCGGGGCGCGUAGCAAGUGUUGGCGGAUCUGGCUCGGCCUGUUCUUCCGCAAAAGUUCCGCUUUAAAUCCCCCCCUCUUAUUCGGCCAAUUUUCUAUUUAAGCCAUUAAGUGACUAGCUAGUGAAAAAUUAAUAGCAUAAUUGAUAUUGCAACGCGAACGCAAUCGAUUUAAGACCGCACCACAUACUGGUGUUUGUGGAAAAGUUAUUGAUUUACGUGAAAGUUUGCGGGCUGCUGCAGAAGAAAGUUUUCUUCGAGAAAUGGCUUAAAAAAAAAAAAAAAAAAGGCGAAACAAUGGAAAACUUAAACUUUGCACGCACGCCGCAAUUUCUGCGCAAAGUUAUCUACGAGGCGCGCAGAUCGUUCAUUCACAGCGAUUCUGCCGCGACCGCAUCUGCUGCUCCAGACCCCGAGGAGGAAGCACUAUCCGAGAUGGAACUAGCCCACACACUGACCCUAAACGAGGAGGCCCUCAAGCAGCUGCCCGAGCACAAGCGCCCGGUGUUCGAGCUGGAGUGGCUGCGCUACCUGGAGAAGGCACUGCCCCAGGUGUCCAAGCCCGAGAUCAAGGCCAGCCAAAAGAAGCUGGUCCAGCAGCUCUCCGAGCGGAUCCAGGGAGCACCGGGACCGCCUAUGCGCAAGCUCAUCGCCAGUGCCCUGGCCACGCUCUUCUCGGUGGGCGAUACCUUCAUGCUGUUCGAUACUGUCAACGCCUGCAAUGACAUCCUUAAGAACAAGGAUGACUCACCCAGCUAUCUGCCGACCAAGCUCGCCGCCAUUUGCGUCCUAGGCUCAAUGUACGAAAAGCUUGGCAGGAUGAUGGGUCGCACCUACGAGGACACUGUCCAGAUCCUGAUACGCACGCUGCGCAACGCAGAGUCGCAGGCUCGCAUCGAGAUUAUGCACACCCUGGAGAAGGUGAACGCUGGCAUGGGCACUGCGAUCGCCAACGUUCACAAGGACAUCUACAAGGCGGCCAAGCACUGCCUCCUGGACAGAGUGAUGGCUGUUCGCGUGGCCGCCGCUCGCUGCAUCCUCAAGAUGAUCUACAGUGCCCCGUUCUUGUACCAAACCGAACUGGAGAGCUUGGGAACCCUGUGCUUCCGUGCCUUCGACGGAAGCAACUACGAGGUGCGCUGUGCCGUGGCGCAGCUUCUGGGAACUCUUCUGGCGUACACCCAGCAGCUGGCUGAACUGGCCACUGGAAAGAAGAAACAGACCCAGGCGGCGGCCCUGCAAGCGGCGAAGGGAGCCAACCAGCGUCUAGUGUCGCUGGACGAGGCUCUGGGUAUCCUGAUGUCUGGAUUUCUGCGAGGCGGAGCAUCGUUCCUCAAGGGAACUGGAGAGAUCAUCAAGGGCAGCUCGGGCGUGAACAGGGAAGUGCGAGUGGGUGUAACCCAUGCCUAUGUGGUCUUUGUCCAAUUCAUGGGUAGCGUCUGGCUGGAGCGUCAACUGAGCACUUUCCUGGCCCACGUCCUCGAUCUGGUGGCCAAUCCCAAGGCAGCAUGCUCCCACGUGGAUGCAGUGUACUCGAGGAAGUGCAUCAACUUCAUUCUCCGCUCCACCAUUGGCAAGAUGCUGGGCGAAAAGGCGCAAAGCGCCGCUUGCAAGGAGCUCGUCCAUCUUGUCGCCAAGCAGAUGAACUCCAUCGACUUUAAUCCGGAGAAUGCAAAGGAUUCCAACCAGGAGACCCUCUUCAGUCAGCACUUGCUGGUGUGUGCCCUGCAGGAGCUGAGCUCGCUUCUGAUCGGCUUGGGCACCACCGCCCAGAAUCUGUUGGGAGACCAAUCCCUGCAGGCCAUCGACGCCACAUGUGCGGUCUUGGUGCAUCCUUGUGCCGCUGCUCGGCUGGCUGCCGCCUGGUGCCUGAGAUGUGCCUGCGUAGCAGUCCCUGGACAGAUCACUCCGUUGAUCGACCGUUUUGUGGAGGCCAUCGAGCAGAUGCGAUCCUCGCCGGAAGCCGUCGCCGGCUACAGCUGCGCUUUGGCGGCCAUUUUGGGAAGUGUGCGCUACUCGCCACUGGGCAUCCCCCACACCAAGGGCAAGGUCGUCUUCAACUGUGCGGAGGAGCUGCUGCGUUCCGCUUCCCAGAAUAGCCGCAUGUCGCUGCACCGCACCCAGGCCGGAUGGCUAUUGAUUGGCGCCAUUAUGACCCUGGGAUCGCCGGUCGUCAAGGGUUUGCUGCCACGGAUGCUUCUGCUUUGGCGCAACUCCUUCCCGAGAUCCAACAAGGAGCUGGAGUCUGAGAAGGCUCGGGGUGAUGCGUUCACCUGGCAAGUUACCCUGGAGGGCAGGGCGGGAGCACUGUCGGUGAUGCACAGCUUCCUUCUCAACUGUCCUGACCUCGUCACCGAGGACAUCACUCGUCGCCUGCUCACGCCCAUCGAGAGUGCUCUGGCAAUGCUGGUGAACUUGGCCACUGUCCUGAAGAGCUACGGCACUCAGUUGAAGGCACCUGCCGCCAUGGUGCGCCUUCGCCUCUUUGAGACCCUCACUCUCCUGCCACCCAAUGCUCUGGAGGCCUCCUACACCCAUCUCCUCCGUAUGCUCGUUUCGGAGUUCACACUUUCGGACAACGCGGCCAAUACCACAAACUCGCUGCUGCGAACGCUGUGUCAUGGUGAUGACUCCAUUAUCCUGGGCACUUGGUUGCAGGAAACCAACCAUCGCACCAUCGAGGAUCAGAUGGAGCCCAAUCGAAAAGUCGAUGGCGAGCAUUUGCAACCGAAUAGCGCUGCUGGCUCGGGUGCCUUGGAACACGAUCCCUGCUGCUUAUACCGUCCCAACUGGUCUGCCCAAGGAACCGGAUCGACCGGCGGUACUGUUGCAGCUUCAACGUCCGGAUCAGCCAUCGUCGGAUCCACCACCAACAUCCAGCUGAUCAGCAAGGCGCAGCAGUGUCCCGGCCCAUUGCCGCUGGGAGUGGCCGUGAUCGACAUGGCAGUUACCCUGUACGGAACCAUUUUCCCCAAGGUAGCCAACAAGCAUCGUCUCCAAAUGCUGGAUCACUUCGCCGAGUGCAUUCGCCAGGCGAAGAGCAGCCGCCAGGAGGCCGUCCAGAUGAACAUCUUCACGGCACUGCUCUGUGCUCUGAAGAAUCUUACGGACAGCAAGACCAGCUUGGGCCAAGAGGACGUCCGCAAGAGCGCCACUGCCCUGAUAGUGGCUUCCCUGACUAGCUCCAACUCGACCAUUCGCUGUGCAGCCGGAGAAGCUCUGGGAAGAUUGGCCCAGGUGGUGGGAGACUCGCACUUCACAGCGGAAUUGGCGCAGAACAGCUUCGACAAACUGAAGUCGGCGAGGGAUGUGGUCACGAGGACGGGACACUCGCAUGCCCUGGGUUGCCUGCAUCGGUAUGUCGGCGGCAUGGGCUCAUCGCAGCACUUGAGCACCAGUGUCUCCAUCCUGUUGGCCCUGGGGCAGGACAGUGCCUCGCCGGUGGUGCAAGCCUGGUCCCUGUACGCUCUGGCCCAGAUAGCCGACUCCGGAGGACCCAUGUUCCGGGGCUACGUGGAUGCCACGUUGACGCUCAGCCUGAAGCUCUUGCUCACUGUUCCCCAUGCCCAUGUGGAUGUCCAUCAGUGCGUGGGUCGCGUGGUGAAUGCCCUAAUCACCACAGUGGGACCGGAACUGCAAGGAGGUGUGGCCAGCAUGCGAGGAUCGUUCCUGUGCUCGGCAGCGCUGCUGCAAGCCCACUCGGAUCCUUUGGUUCAAGCCGAAGCAAUAGGAUGCCUGCAACAGCUGCACUUGUUCGCCUGCAAGUCCCUGCAACUGGAGGAGCUGGUGCCCACGCUGGUCGGCAUGCUGGCCAGCAACUAUUUCAUCCUCCGGAAAGCCUCAGUCUCCUGCCUUCGGCAGCUGGCGCACCGGGAGGCCAAGGAAGUGUGCGAGUUGGCAUUGACCAUCAAUGCCGAGCAGCUGCCGGACUUGGUGAUCACCGAGUACGGACUGCCAGGACUGCUCUUCUCGCUGCUGGACACCGAAACUGACGCCGAGAUGCUCAGAAACAUCCACGACACUCUCACCUCCAUGCUGCAAAUGCUGGCUGCGGAUAACCUCAGCUCUUGGCUGAGCCUCUGCAAGAAUGUCCUUACGGUGGCCGUGGAGGGAGGUCUCAACGAUGAUGCGGCGGGUGGAGAUCAGGGGAAAGGCAAGGAGGGCGGCGGCGAUCAGGAGGAGGAUGACGAAGAAGAGGAAUAUGCCGACGAUGUGACAGAAUACCGGGCGGAGGAAAACACAUCCACCCAUCCGGCAGUGCAGCCACGUUGGCCCACCAGAGUUUUUGCCGCCCAGUGCGUCCGGAGGAUUAUCGCCAGCUGUGAGGCCGCCAGCCCCGUGCACUUUGACCUUCUGCAGGCCAAGGAGCAGCAACUGAUUCGCUCUCGCGGGGACUACCUCAUUCUUCACUUGGCGGAACUCAUUCGUAUGUCUUUCAUGGCGGCCACAUCUGACUCGGAUCAGCUACGUCUAGAGGGUCUCCGCACGCUCCAGGAGAUCAUCGAUCGGUUCGCCAAUAUCCCAGAGCCGGAGUUCCCUGGACAUCUGCUUCUGGAACAGUUUCAGGCUCAGGUGGGAGCCGCUCUGCGACCCGCUUUCGCUCCAGACACUCCCUCCCACGUGACGGCAGCCGCCUGUGAAGUUUGCUCCGCCUGGAUCGGCUCCGGGGUGGCCAGAGACAUUGGAGAUCUGCGGCGUGUCCACCAGCUACUGGUGAGCUCCCUGAGCAAGCUAUCGUCCAAAACCAACAGCACCCAGCUGUACAACGAGUCCAUGGCCACCCUGGAGAAGCUGAGCAUCCUCAAGGCCUGGGCCGAAGUCUACAUCGUGGCCAUGCUGAGCAAUGGAAAGGCGCCGGCCUCUUUGUUGAAUCUGCAAUCGCAGGAGUCGGGCAUCCCAUCCCUGACCAAUGUGGAAGCAGAUCUGGAUCUGCCGGAGAGCAGGGGCGAAAGUCUCCUGGGCUUGGUGCAGCCGGAGCUCCACAACCUCUCCACCCACUGGCUGAGUGCAAUGAAGGACCACGCCCUGCUCCUGCUCCCAGCCGAGUUCCAGUCUCAGCUACCACACGACGGCGGAGCGUUCUACACCACGGACACGAUUAACUCCUCGAAACCCCACUACAUGACCAGUUGGCCACCCAUCCUGUACGCCUCGGCCCUUUGGUUGAGGGACGAGGGCUUCGCCCGGCAUCUGGACACCGAUGAAGCUGCUGCGGAGUCCAACAACAACCAGAUCACGCACGGUUCCCUGUCGGCGGACCGAUUCCACAUGAUCUUCGGCAUCUGCAUGGAGGCUCUGUGCAGCAUGAGGAGUUCCGAGCGGCCGAGGAAUAUUAUUAGUUGCCUGAGGUCGUUGCACAGCAUCUUCGACUCGGACUGGGCCAGGAGACAGCUGGUCAAGGAUCGGGCACUCACCAUAGAACUCUGCCACGUGCUGCACCGACAGAUUCUGACCAGAGAUGAGCUGCUGGUCCAACUUCUCUGCGUGGAAAUACUGAAGCAGACAAUAAGGGCCGCUCGGGAGGAUGUGGAGAGGAAGCGGGACGACAAUGCCAACUCAGAAGACGAGAAGAGAGGAGAGCGGUUGGGCGAGGACGACUCCAUGCAGCCGGGCAGCUCCCACGUCUACGCAGUCCUGGAGGUCUGUCUUUGCCUGUUUGUUCGUCAGAUUCCCAGCAUGAAUCCCACACGGCAGGGAUCCGGUCUCCAGUUGGACUUCUCGUACGCCAAAAUGGCCACCGGCACGUCGUUCUUCUCGGUGCUGGGCGACGACAAUGGUCUGCUGGUGGCCAGCGGGCUGCAGUGCGUCGAACAGUUGCUGGACUUGUGCACGCCGAAGGGAGCAUUGGCCAUUCUGCCCACCGUCCUCUACAUGACCACCAGCAUCAUGAAGGAGAUCGCCAAUAAGUCGUCCAUUGAUAGCACCAUCCUGGCCAAUACCAGCGCAGUGAAGGCUGCUCUGCAAUGUCUGCGCUCCGUUUGCGUCCACAAGUGGGCCAAGGUGGAGGAGACUGCCGAGGAGUGGCAGCAGUUGCUCCAAAGCGCACUGGCCACCAUUGUCGAUUUGACGAAGACCGCCGGCGACAACGAGGAGCGCAAGGUGGACGAGGUCACCAUGCUGCUGGCCAUCGCUGUUUUCAUCCUGCACACGCCCGCCGCAGUUGUGGCCACGCCCUCGCUGCAGUAUCCCUGCAUCAACCACUUCCGGCAGUGCCUGCAGUCGGAGCACAUGUCUGUAAAGCUGCGAUGCAUCGAGACCACGCGCUCCAUCUUUGCCCAGGCGGAACUGAAGACAGCCACCCCUUAUAUCCACGCCCUGGCUCCGCGAAUCAUCGAGUCGCUGUACGCGGAGUCCAGCAAAGCGCCGUCCAACGAGCUGGAGCUGCAGGUCACCCUGGAGAGCAUAGUCACCGUGGAGCAGCUGAUAGAUCUGGCAGAGCCACAACAUCGAAACAUGAACUUGCUACAAGACAUCCAAAUGCUGACGCUGCUGGUGCCCGUACUUAUUGGAUUCCUGGCCGAGCCAAGUCGACUUCGAACGUUGCCAAAGUACCAGAGGCAGUUGCACGAUCAGGCAUUGCAGUGGCUCCUGAAGAUCGGUCCCAAAUACCCCAAGGAGUUCAAGGCCCUGAUGGGCCAGACGCCGGAGUUGCGACAGAAAUUGGAGGCCGCCAUCCGCAGCCAGCAGCAGUCGAUUAACAUCGCCCAGAAGGCAUCCGAGGCCCAGAGGAGCGGCCUGCUGGCCAAGCCACAAAAGCCCACGAUCAAGCUGAAAACGGAUUUCAGCAACUUCCAAUAAGCCUCAACUUCAAUAAUGUUAAUUAUAACGCCUAAAUGCUUUGCAAGAAUCGACAAAAAAAUGUACAGAAGGACUAAGCUUUGGAAAGGAUUACAAUAAAGUUGAAUAGCAGAGUCCCCCAUCGAAAAGACACAGGUUUUCAGCCCAUUUUAAAUGGCUGAUUCCCAUCAAUGAGGCAGGAGGCAGAGCUUAUUGUGCAAUUUUUAUAAUUUGAAUAAAAAGAGCCUUCAAAGAUUAAGAUCAGCUUCUUGGCGAUCAUGCGGUCCGGCAUUUGAUUUUUCUGCUAAAACGUGAAUCACAAUGAAAGUACCUACAAGUUUCUAAAUUAUUUGUUAGCUAUUGUAACAAUCUAUUGUACGACGCGAUAUAAACUAAACAAAGAAUAAAUAAAACUUAUAAAGCUUAAAA